AUGACUAUUGACGUCUGCCCUGAAAACGAUAUCGACCAAACCCCUUACCACCAACAUAUAUCUUCUACUCACCAAAAGAUUGAGGCUUGGGUUAGCCACUUAGGCUAUGACACUUCAAGGCCUGGUACCCCAUCAACCCCUUCUGCCAACCCUCAUACCAUAACCGGUCUCCGAAAAAAGCAAGCUGGACAUUCUGGUCCCCUGAAGAAAGUCCUUGUUGCCAAUAGAGGAGAAAUCGCUAUCCGAGUUUUCAGAACUGCCCAUGAGUUGGCAAUGUCAACAGUAGCAAUCUACUCUCAUGAAGACCGAAUGGGUGCUCACAGAUACAAGUCCGACGAGUCUUAUUUGGUCGGUAAAGGUUUAUCUCCUGUAGCAGCUUAUCUAUCUCAAGAUGAUAUCGUUAGAAUCGCCGUAGAACAUGAAGUUGACAUGAUUCAUCCUGGUUACGGUUUCUUAUCUGAGAACGCCGAAUUCGCCCAAAAAGUUGAAAAUGCAGGAAUUGCUUUCAUCGGUCCAAGACCUGAGACCAUUGAUGCUUUAGGAGAUAAAACUAAAGCUAGAACAUUAGCUAUGAAGACCGGAGUCCCUGUAGUCCCAGGUACACCUGGACCAGUGGAUGCUUGGGAUGAAGCAUCUGAUUUCAUUGAGAAAUACGGUUUCCCAGUUAUCAUCAAAGCUGCUAUGGGUGGUGGUGGACGUGGUAUGCGUGUAGUCAGAGAUCAAGAGUCAUUCAAAGAAAAUUUCGAAAGAGCUGUCAGUGAAGCUAAAUCAGCUUUCGGAGAUGGUACCGUUUUCAUUGAACGAUUCCUCGACAAACCUAGACAUAUCGAAGUUCAACUUCUGGCUGAUGGAGAAGGCAAUUGCGUUCAUCUCUUUGAGAGAGAUUGUUCCGUCCAACGACGACACCAAAAAGUUGUCGAAGUCGCUCCUGCGCCCCACCUUGAUGAAUCUGUUCGACAAGGUAUCCUCAGCGAUGCACUCAAGCUCGCCCGAGCAGUAAACUACCGAAAUGCAGGUACUGCUGAAUUCUUGGUCGAUCAACAAAACCGACACUACUUCAUCGAGAUCAACCCCCGUAUCCAAGUAGAACAUACCAUCACCGAAGAGAUUACCGGUAUCGACAUCGUCGCUGCUCAAAUUCAAAUCGCUGCUGGUGUUACUCUCGAACAACUUGGUUUGACUCAAGAACACAUUCACAGAAGAGGUUUCGCCAUUCAAUGUCGAAUCACCACUGAAGAUGCCGCCGCUGGUUUCCAGCCUGACACUGGUAAGAUCGAAGUCUACCGAUCUGCCGGUGGUAACGGUGUUCGGUUGGAUGCUUCCUCCGGUUACGCUGGUGCACAAAUCACUCCCCACUACGACUCUCUUUUGGUCAAAUGUUCAGUCAGCGGUGCUACUUUCGAAGUAGCAAGGAGAAAGAUGCUUAGAGCUUUAGUCGAGUUCCGAAUUAGAGGUGUCAAGACUAACAUCCCUUUCCUUAUUCGACUACUCACUCACCAAGUCUUCGAAUCCGGUAAAACGUGGACCACUUUCAUCGAUGACACGCCAGACCUCUUCAAGCUCGUACACUCCCAAAACAGAGCACAGAAACUUCUCGCUUACCUCGGUGACUUGGCCGUUAACGGUUCUUCUAUUAAAGGUCAAAUGGGUGAACCAGGUCUUCCUACCGAAGCCAUCAUUCCUCAAAUUACGGACAAUGCCGAUCCUAGCAAGAUCAUAGACACCUCCGUCCCUUGUCAAAACGGUUGGAGAAACAUUAUCGUUAAUGAGGGUCCUGAAGCUUUCGCCAAAGCUAUCAGAAAUUACAAGGGUACUCUCAUCAUGGAUACCACUUGGCGAGAUGCCCAUCAAUCCCUUUUAGCCACCCGAAUGCGAACAGUCGACAUGGCCAACAUUGCCAAGGAGACUUCUCACGCUCUUCAGAACGCUUACUCGUUAGAAUGUUGGGGUGGAGCAACUUUCGAUGUAGCCAUGCGAUUCUUGUAUGAAGAUCCAUGGGACAGACUUAGAACUUUACGAAAAUUGGUACCUAACAUUCCUCUUCAAGCUUUAGUCAGAGGUGCCAACGCAGUCGGAUACACAUCUUAUCCCGAUAACGCAAUUUACGAUUUCUCCAAGAAAGCUGUUGAAGCCGGAUUAGACAUUUUCAGAAUUUUCGAUUCUCUGAAUUACCUCGAUAACUUGAAAAUUGGUAUCGAUGCCGCUAAGAAAGCUGGUGGUGUAGUCGAAGCGACCAUCUGUUAUUCAGGUGAUGUCGCCAAUCCCAAAAAGACUAAAUACACCUUGCAAUAUUACCUCGAUUUGACAGACGCUCUUGUAAAAGAAGGUAUCCAUGUUCUCGGUAUCAAGGAUAUGGCUGGUCUUCUUAAACCUGAGGCUGCAAGAAUUCUCAUUGGAGCGAUCAGAAAAGCUCAUCCCGACCUUCCUAUCCACGUUCACUCCCAUGAUACCGCUGGUAUCGCUGCUGCAAGUAUGAUCGCUUGUGCUCAUGCCGGUGCGGAUGUUGUUGAUGUUGCCAUUGAUGAUCUUUCUGGUCUUACCUCUCAACCUGCUAUGGGUGCAGUAUGUGGUGCUCUCGAGCAAACUGGUCUUGGAACUGGUAUCUCCCACGAGAACAUCCAAGCUUUGAACCAAUACUGGUCUCAGAUCCGAAAGCUUUAUCAAUGUUUCGAAGCCAACGUCAGAGCAUCUGACUCUGGUGUCUUCGACCACGAGAUGCCUGGAGGUCAAUACACCAACCUUCAAUUCCAAGCUUCUCAACUUGGUCUCGGUACUCAGUGGGUAGAAAUCAAGAAGAAGUAUAUUGAAGCCAAUCAGCUUUGUGGUGAUAUCGUCAAGGUCACUCCUUCAUCCAAGGUGGUUGGUGAUUUCGCUCAAUUCAUGGUAUCUAACCAACUUUCAAAACAAGAUGUUCUUGAGAAAGCCAGUACCUUAGAUUUCCCUUCAUCCGUUGUAGAGUUCUUCCAAGGUUACUUGGGUCAACCGUACGGAGGAUUCCCCGAACCAUUACGAUCCAACAUUAUCAGAGAUAAAGAGAGGAUCGACGUUCGACCUGGUCUUAAUAUGAAACCACUCGAAUUCAACAAGAUCAAAGGUGAAUUGAAAGAGAAAUACGGUCCUCAUAUCACCGAUUUCGAUGUAGCCAGUUACUACAUGUACCCCAAGGUAUUUGAGGAAUUCCAAGGUUUCGUGGAUAAAUACGGUGACUUGAGCGUCGUCCCCACUAGAUAUUUCCUUGGUAAACCUAAGAUUGGAGAAGAAAUGACCAUCUCAAUUGAGAAAGGUAAAACAUUAACCAUCAAAUUACUUGCUGUCGGUACACUCAACGAACAAAAGGGAACAAGAGAAUGUUUCUUUGAACUUAACGGUGAAAGCAGAGCUGUGGUCAUUGAAGAUACAAAUGCAGCCAUAGAACACGUAUCAAGAGAAAAGGCUACUUCAGAUCCAGGAUCUAUAGGUUCACCAAUGUCCGGUGUAGUGAUCGAUGUUAGAGUCAAACAAGGUCAAGAAGUCAAAGCUGGUGAUCCAUUAUGUGUUUUGAGUGCCAUGAAGAUGGAAUCGGUCGUCUCUUCACCUGUUUCAGGUAAAGUCAAGAGAGUAGAAGUCAAAGAAAAUGAUUCUAUAGCUCAAGGUGACUUGGUAGUUGAGAUCACUCAUUAA